AUGUCUGGUCGUGGUAAAGGAGGUAAAGUUAAGGGCAAGGCAAAGUCUCGCUCAAAUCGUGCUGGAUUACAAUUUCCAGUUGGUCGCAUUCAUCGAUUGCUGCGAAAAGGCAAUUAUGCUGAACGCGUUGGUGCCGGCGCUCCCGUCUACUUAGCUGCUGUUAUGGAAUAUUUGGCAGCUGAAGUUCUUGAAUUGGCUGGCAAUGCAGCACGCGAUAAUAAGAAGACAAGAAUCAUACCCCGUCAUUUACAAUUGGCCAUCCGUAAUGAUGAAGAAUUAAACAAAUUGUUGUCUGGUGUCACAAUCGCACAAGGUGGUGUAUUACCAAACAUCCAAGCUGUACUUUUGCCUAAGAAAACAGAAAAGAAGGCUUAAACUAUAUCUUACAACACUAUUUCUUUCGAAAUUUUCGAACAACA